AUGGGACACAAGCAUUCGACUAAAAAAAACUGGACUAUUGAAGAGAGAGCAUCUGAUGCAGAAGAAAAAGUCGCUCAAUCUCCCAGUAUUAUUACCAGAGUAAGAAGAUCAUCUAAAAAAUAUUUCAAUGGUCAAGCUAUUGAAAACGAUGCAUCAAUGCAUCAAUUGCAAGAUGAGCUUUUAGCAAUUGAUAAUACAGUAAAACAGAAAUGUUUCCCGCGAAAAAAAAAGAAACAAUCAAAAAGUCGAUCGAACUCCGAAGAAAUUUAUUCUCAAAAUGAAUAUUAUUAUGAUCAAAAUCCACAAUCAUUAUCUGAUAACGACGAAUAUUAUGAUCAAAAUUCACAAUUCUUUUCUAACAACGAUGAAUUUCAUGAUCAAAAUCGACAAUUAUUUUCUAAUAACGACGAAUAUCACGAUCCAUCUAUUCAUACUUAUGAGAAUGUACCAAUACAAAGGAAAAGAUCUACAUGGCAAUGCAAAUAUUGUUUAGCAGAAAAUAAAUCAAAUACUAUUAAAUGUCGAUGCAUGGCAACUGUAACAAGAUUUUAA